UAAAAGGUCGCACUUUCGUGCUUUCUCCCAAAUACUCUCUCGUUUUGUCUCAUCCGUCUCGUAUUGGUGCUGCGCAUUUUCAUCUCUCGUUAGCUAUCUUCAGCAAAAUAAUACAGUUUAGAUUAUCUUCUGGGAUGAUCGUUCCUUCGGCAAGCUCGAUCUAUCGAUCCUGUUUCGGAAUCGUUCAGAGAUGUCAUUAGAUCCACAUGGUCUUCUCAGUGAUCGUUUUGCAUCCAAGACAUGGUUCCACAGGCGUAAAAAAAUGCCGUCGUCUCUUCGUUUGAUCCUUAACUUCUGAAAAAAUCUUUCCUUUCUCGGCGAAUCUAAUUAACUCUUUUAUUUCUCUUCUUAGAAAGUUCUGGUCUUUCUAACCCUGUAAAUAGAAAUUUCCAAGUUUGUUUUUUUUUUCAAGAUUGUACAGACAGAUAGAUUGUAAUAGCUCAAACACUAAACAAAAAAACAAAAGCUUUUGUUCUUGUUUUUUUUUUCUCUUUGUUGUUGGUCUUUUUCUGAGUUGGGAUUAUAAAGGUGGCAAAGAUGAAUCUUGGCACAUCCGAGGAAGAAACAGCUAAAGAGAUUCACAUCCCGGCUGAUAUCAACUGGGAGAUGCUCGACAAAUCAAAGUUCUUCGUUCUAGGCGCAGCUUUGUUCUCAGGGGUAUCAGGAGCUCUCUACCCUGCCGUUUUGAUGAAAACUCGUCAACAAGUGUGCCAUCCUCAAGGCUCAUGUAUCAAAGGCGCGUUCACUCUCGUCAGACACGAAGGCUUAAAGGGAUUAUACAGAGGAUUCGGCACUUCUCUGAUGGGAACCAUCCCCGCUCGCGCCUUGUACAUGACGGCUUUAGAGGUUACCAAGAGCAACGUCGGCUCUGCUGUUCUUAGCUUAGGUUUCACCGAGGCUAAGGCCUCUGCUGCUGCUAAUGCGGUUGGUGGGUUGACGGCCGCGAUGGCUGCUCAGCUUGUUUGGACUCCUGUUGAUGUGGUGAGCCAGAGGCUUAUGGUUCAAGGAAGCAGUGGUCUUGUUAAUGCUUGUAAUUAUGUUAAUGGGUUCGAUGCGUUUAGGAAGAUUGUUAGAGCUGAUGGGGUGAAAGGGUUAUACAGAGGGUUUGGGAUAUCGAUUCUGACUUACGCACCGUCUAACGCGGUUUGGUGGGCUUCUUACUCUGUUGCGCAGAGUAUGGUUUGGGGUGGGAUUGGGUGUUAUGUCUGUAAGAAAGGGGAAGAGAAUGGGAACACGGUUAAACCAGACUCCAAGACGGUAAUGGCUGUUCAGGGAGUUAGUGCUGCGGUUGCUGGGAGUGUUUCUGCUUUGAUUACAAUGCCGCUGGACACAAUCAAGACGAGACUGCAGGUUCUUGAUGGGGAAGAUAGUAAUGGGAAGCGUGGACCGAGUAUUGGACAGACAGUGAGGAACUUGGUUAGGGAAGGUGGAUGGACAGCUUGUUAUAGAGGAUUGGGACCAAGAUGUGCUUCAAUGUCAAUGUCUGCAACAACUAUGAUCACUACCUACGAGUUCUUGAAACGGCUUUCGGCUAAGAACCAUGACGGGUUUUACUCUAAAUCAUCGUGAUAAGAAUCUUUGAUGUUGUUCUUGCUUUUCUUUUGUUUCCAGUCAUGUGUAAUGAAUGUGUUAAAAUUCAGUUGUUUCUAAAUAAAGAAAGGUUCAUUUCC